AUGUCGCCUGCCUUCCGAGUCCGCUGCCACUUGCUUCUGCUCUGUGUGUCAGCGCUCCGCGGGCACAGCUGUGCCGCCGAGCUGCGGGAAGCGGUGGACUAUGAUCCUUGGCGGGUCUUGGGCGCCAGCCCGAAGCGGGAGGUGGCUGGGGAGGAGCCGUAUCACCGUGCGCUGCGCUGCCUGGACGCGCUGAGCCUCCAGGGCCAGUUCACUUUCACCGCGGACCAGCCCCAGCUGCACUGCGCUGCGUUCCUCAUCGCAGAGCCAGGAGAGCUGCUCACUGUGCAAGCCGACCAUGCCUCGCUUGACUGCCAACGUGGAGACUUCCUGAAGGUCUUCGACGGCUGGAUCCUCAAGGGAGAGAAGUUCCCUAGCACCCAGGACCACCCCCUUCCCACGCCACAACGCUAUGUGGACUUGUGUGCCGGUGGUCUCAGCGGAGGGGGCAUCACGUCCUCCCAGAAUGUGGCCAUGCUCUUCUUCCGCGUCCACGAGCCAGGAAACGGCUUCACAGUGACCAUAAGGACACACCCCAACCUCUUCCCCUGCAACGCCGUCUCCCCGAGCCCAAGCGGAAGAUUCACACUGGUGGUGCCGCAGCAGCGCCGCAACUGCAGCUUCUCCGUGGUCUACCCGGUCGUGGUGAGGAUAUCCGACCUGGCCCUGGGCCGCUUCAGUGGCCUGCAGGUGAAGGAGGGACCUUUAGGUUGUGGGGGAACAGGAGAUUUCGUGGAGCUCCUGGGCGGGGUCGGAUUGGACCCUUCCAAGAUGAUGCCCCUGGCUGAUCUCUGCUACCCGUUCCGUGGACCUGCACAGAUGAAAAUCGGCUGUGACAGUGCUGUGGUGCGCAUGGUCUCCAGCGGGAGACACACCAACCGCAUGACCGUGGAGUACCACCAGCUGGAGACACAGGACAUGGAAGCCCCAAAUGAGAACGGCCUGCAGCCCGCCUGUGUGUCAGGACCCUGA